AUGGGCAAAAUCACAAAAGAGAUGCAACUCAAGCAUCGUGACACCCUGUCUCCAUGGCUCAAGAGCUACGUCGAGGCCGCUGCCACAAUCGCCCUUCCGCUCCUGCCACAGCACCUUGCCACAUAUCCCACGCGAUGGCCCUUCGGACGAGGUGAUUUGUAUCACUGGAUUCCCCUUCUGAAUCGCUUUGAUGCCAUUCUAGAAGCAUUUUGCACCACCUACAAGCUGAAUCUUGGACCUCAAACCGAUGACUUCGACUGCUUCAUCCUUCGCAACCUGUCCGAACAGGGAGCGUUUGCCGAUGAGAAGCAGUGGGAUGACCAAGAGUUGCAAAAGCUAGGAUACAGCCGGGAGGGUGAUCGGGAACUUGUCGAAGCUAUCCUUUCAUUUUCCCGUUUGCUGCUCGAACACUGCGGAAAUAGAAGCAUAUAUGCGAGCAGCGCUUAUUUGAGUGACCUCCUCAACAGCAAGCCCCUUUCGUUAUUGAUCUCUGCACUCGAGGUUGGCUCCGAACUUGCACAGAGAUACCAAGCGUCAGUGAAGAGAAUUGGCAAUUCCUCUAGGCAUAUUAGCGCGGCACUCCUCGCCAACCACUACAACAUUGACCUGGAUCGCGUCCAGCAAAUAUCACAGGCUUUUUCCAAGACGGCGAUAGUGAAUCUUGCCGAUCCCAUCUCGGUGGCGACACCUACUCCGCGAUCUAAAGACAAAAUGACAACUCAGUCUAAGAGUUCCCCGAAAUCUCAUGCGACGGACUUGGUAGCGUUGGCCACAUCACAGGAUCAGCGCUGGUCAGACUGGGGCGACGUGAAGCUUCGAUACUACCCCAAAGAUCUUAAGGCAGUUCACAAUUUGCCUGCUGAAGUCGGUCGCUCUUCUCAACCCGCUACACCAACACCUCUGCGCCGCAGUUCUACAGUAGCCGGGUCUCAGCAUACCCCGAAGGCUCGCCAUGCCCAUACUGACGACUCCUCUCCAAUGUUCCCUCGCACGCCUGGCAUUGCAGAUGAGGCAGACGGGUCUGCGCAAAAGCUCUUUGAUCUUCCACAAUCAAUAGUGAUCUCAUCCUCUAUGAAGCAACUCUUGGAUAAGGUGCCCGAUGACAUGACCGAAGCCUCCAGAUACGAAGCAUUUCAUCGUUUCAGAGUCGCCAAAGCUCUCACCGGAUCCCAGAAAGAUCGUCAGCAAAUUCUUGGAGUUCGAUUACUAGCCAUCACCAACCUAGCUUACAUCCACACCGAGUCCAACUUCAUGGAGAAGGUUCUCAGACAAGACAUGGAUGAGACUCGCCGGUACCAGCUUGCCUCCCAGCUUGCCGAACUCAUUCAGCCGUCAUCAGAUGGCAAUACCGAGGCGCCCCUGUGGCUCCAGACAAUCGCUUUCUCGUUACUCGAAGCCUUAUAUGGCUUCCCGUGCCGUUCUCAAGACGUCCUGUCCGCUCUCAAUGCUAAUGUCAACCACGGUGUUCUUCUCUACGUCAUUCGCAAAGCUGUGGCUGGUAUGGAAGAGACUCAUUCUGAAGAUGAGGGCGAUCAAGUAACCGAGACUGACAAUUGGCGAAACAAUCUGUUCUCCCUUGCACUGAAUCUGUCCAUGGCCACUAAAAUCGGAAGUGAGAUGGCCUCUGCAGGUCUUAUGGAGAUUCUUGUUCAUGUUUUGAACAUUCGCUCACCUGUGGCUGAGCGCCAUCACUCGAUGGUCCUUGCCUUUUUGGAUGGUUUGAUCUGGGCAUUCACUCCCGCGUUCACCGCCUUCUUCAGUGCCGAUGGUCUGGACGCCGUCUCAAAAUUGCUCAUCGAUACUGUGGCUGAGUCAAAACGACUGGUCUCAACCUCCAAGGGUAUCACCCGAGAUCAGCAGUCGAGCGCGGUUGAUUUUUUCGUGCCCCAUUAUCAGCAACAGACUCUCAAGUGGCUAUUGAAAUUCAUCCACCGCAUCAUGACCAACUCCUACAAUUACAACGGCAACACAGAACGUUUACUGCGAAACUUGGCUGAGAAAUCCGACCUCCUUGCUAGCCUACGCGACAUUAUCAGUGAUAAGGCAUCAUUUGGCUCUAUUAUAUGGACGAACUCGGUUCUUAUUUUAAGCGACUUCAUCAACAAUGACCCUACCAGUUAUGCAGCAAUUUCGGAGUCGGGCAUGAUCAAGACCUAUCUCGAAGCAAUUACUCGUCGCAGUAUUACCGACGUGCCGCAACAGAGUGAAACAAGAGAUACACAAGAAGACCCUACUGACGCUUCAGAGGGCUCUGACGUGAUAGCCAUGAUACAAAGGGAUGAACGACCGCACCCGCCCACCGAAGAAAUGCUCCGCACAUCCAAACAUGAUGAUGCUGUCGCCGCUGGCAUUCUUGUAUCUUCCGAGGCCAUUAAUGUUGUGCCGCAAGUACUCAACUCCAUCUCCUUGAACAACUCCGGAAUGAAGCUGGUGGUAUCCUCGCGCGCUUUUGAUAGUUUCUUGGAAAUAUUUGAGAGUCCUGAACAUGUCAGGUGCAUGGAGCUAGACAUUGACCUGCCUCAAGCUAUUGGCCAAAGCUUUGAUGAGCUUGCUCGCCACCACCCUCCUCUCAGGACUGCAAUUUCAAACGCAGUAAUCGACAUGGUUGCCAAGGUCCGCUAUCUAGGCAUCCGCAAAGCAGAACAAGAUAACUGGGGUGUUCGUCUGCUCGGUACUGACAAUGAUGGAAAAGUUGUUUCUAUUGACCAAGAUGGACAGAUUGCAGAGAAGAAUGAGGCACUCUUACCUCCUAGGGAAGCCACUGACUCAGAUGUCACCAUGGGGGAUCCAGUGACUCCUAGGAUCGUUGGCGACAAUACAGGCGAAACUCUGUCAGCCAAGACGCCUGAUACGAUUACGCCCUACAUUUUUGUUUUGGCUACCUUUCUUUACCCAUAUCUUUCCAGCACCUUCAUCAAGACCUACUUUAUUGAAAAGGGUGGUAUUGAGCUGCUUCUCGACAUCUGCGAGUUGCCUAGUCUCCCUGCAAACUAUAGCGAGUCACCAGCAGCCAGAGCGAUGACUAGCGUAGUUACGCUUCUCACAGAACACGCCCCGGUGCGCAGCCUUCCGUCUAUCUUGAAACGUGCCCAGGCUUCUAUCGAUAUUCUCAAGCCUCUGUCAAUGAGGACAGAAUCAGUUCCGCCAUAUUUCGGCCCGUUCCUAACGUCAGACUUGAAAUUACCGAGCAGCAAUCUCACAGAACCUCUGCUGUCAGGUACGAGAAUGGUCAAGGCUCUGCUGAACUCACAGAUUUUUAUUAAGAUUCUCGCGGAAUGUUUCAACAAAUCUCGGUCGCACUCGCUCCAAUUCUACCCGGUCAAUGCGUUCGAUUACUACUUGCGACUGGUCAAGUCAAUGGGCCCACUACUUCGAGGUGUUCUUGCUGAGGAGGCUGGUGAACUGGCUGCUGUUCCCCAGCAUUGGUCAAUAAAGCGUGGAGGGUCGAGCCGCCAAGGAGAGUCGUCUGCCAACAAUGCGCCUGCUGGAAACGAUAGCACCUCUCUACCUGACGUUAUGAACAGCACGGGCGCUUGGAAGCCCGUUGAAGGCGCUGAAGCUCCAAGGUCGCCUACAGAGGAGGAGCAAAAAACUCCUCGAUUUCACAAUUACGAGACUCUCAAGCUGCUACUGCAUCCCAUGAUUCCUACCUCGUUUCCACUCUUCCAAAACAUUGGCAAAUCAUUGGUCCCCAGGCGCGAGGUGACUCACGGAGAUCUUUUCCCGAGACCCAGACACUUGGAACUUGCAAAGGAGCUGGCAUCCACCGUGCUUGAUCAAUUGUCACCAUCGGUUUCCACUCCUAAUCCCACCGCUAAAGAGUUUCACUUUUGGAUCAUUAUGACGCAUACUAUUCAUGAGAUGCUCAUCGAGCAACAGUCUGGCAGACAACCUGACCGACCUCAAGUGCAUAUCAUACUUCCUGUGCUCCUUGCUUUCAAGGAACAAGGGGGCAUAGAUGUGAUCAAUACCAUUCUUCGAAUUUUCACAAAUGCUGUUCGUGAGGGUUCGGAUGCCAGCCGCUCUGAGGAACGCUCCAAAGCCAAAGUUGCUGCAUUUGGGCUGAACAAGGUCCUUGAACUAUACACUCUUCUUGUAAAUGGCAAGAACCUGGUCGAAACCAGUAAUCACUUCAAUCUUCAACGCCACACCGACAGAAAUCAGGUUGUUUCCAACAUCUACCAACAAAUUGUCGUGGAAUUCCGAUGCGCCAUUUUGCCGCCAAUGCUCGAGAUUUGGAACUCUUCAUUUGUCGAACACGUUUCAGAUGAGACAGCGAAGCGCAUUUUAGAUAUCCUCAAGCAAAUUGCCACUGCCGAAAAUGAACCAGCCUCGACACCCAAGGAUAAGGCCCCCUUCGCGCUUCUCAACUACGGCGAUGUUCGUUUUGAUUGGCGCGUUGUUCGUGUGGUCAUAAAUGACUUGUUGAAUGCUGGGUUCGAUGUAGAUUUGGUCCGCGAAGGUGUUUUCCGUGCGAAUGGCAACAUCACUGUUGCUCGAGACUACUGCCGAGCCCACAAAGCCGGUCUUGCUGGUACGCGAAACCCCAUUCCUCCAGAGGAUGAUGUUUUCAGCACGAACAAAACACCCGAAUCAUCAAGAUCACGACAGCGGGCCCCAUCCACUGGAAGCAAUGCCUCGGAGCCAGAUCGCAUGUCCGUGGAUACGUUCACGGAAGUCUUGGAUGGCGAUGGCCUUGUCGACACAGAAGCUCAAACGCUGGACCCGUGGAGGACGGCCGCGAGUGCCGACCGAAACCAAAACUCCGAGCAAGGUACCAAACAGACGACGAACGAAGCCGCCCCUGAAGCUCGAUUCUCUGGAACCAAAGAAGAGCUUGAUGGCUUAAGGUCCAAGAUUCGAUCUAAUCUGAUUGAUCAUUCGUUGGACGUUAUUCGCGCGCACUCUGACUGCGCUAUUGAAGUUUCGCAAUUGAUUCAAACAAUGGCUCUACGGCACCAAGAUCAAGAAACCCAUGAGGAGGUUGGGACCGUACUUACAUCUGCGCUCUCUUCUCUAGCUCUCGACCCCGAAGAGAAGAAGAAAAAUGGCAAUUGUAUUGCCGCUUAUUCUCACUUGCUGGGCCUACUGCUUGAUGACCAAGCCUUUUUCGACAACAACGUGGAUGGCUUACGGGACAAGGUUGGAGAAUAUGUUGAUUUUCUCAAAGUUCCAUCCUCUGGUGCCAUUGAGGAAUUGCCACCUUGGAUUCCGUAUAUUUUACUUGUGCUGGAGCCUCUCUUGAAACAUGAUGAACGACCGGUUGCAGCUCAAUGGUUGGCGCCACGGACUGUUGACGAUCCUGUCCAGCCUGCUGUGGUCCAGCUCGGAGUUUCUCUCAUCAACGAUCAGCAACGGUCAGAGAUUUUGGAAUCACUGCUAGUCUUACUGCCGCGCGUUGGAAAGCAGGAAACUCUGGCAACAUCCAUUUUGCGGGUCCUGGUGAUAUUAACCCGUCGGCGCCAGCUUGCAAAGCACAUGGGACGGAAAAUGAACCUCCAACGUCUGUUUCUAAUGGCCAAACAAUUAGCUGGGUUCGGCUCAGAAAGAUUGAAGCACAGUCGUGUCACGGCGUUCAUCAUUACCAUUUUGAGACACGUUGUUGAAGAUGAGGAGACCCUCCGGCAAAUUAUCCGGGCGGAGAUCAAGGGUGAAUUCCCCAAUGUCCAACGUAACAAUCGCGGACAUGCAGAUGUUUCUGCCUAUCUCCGAGCUCUUGCCCCAAUCGCGCUUCGAGCACCUGAGCUCUUUGUGGAAGUUUCCAACGAAAUGCUUCGAUUUUCUCGAUGGUCUCCAGCUGAGAGUGAGACAGCAGGAAGGUUGAACACUGUAACACUCAAAGACGGAAUCAGCGCUUCUGAAGAUUCUGCACCUCCAAUUGCUGUCGAAGAGAACAAAGACCUGCCCGUCAGACUAGAUGCUCCCAACACCGCGGAUGAAGUCAAGCCCUCCACUGAGCUAGCUGACAAGGAAAUGGCCGAUGCUCCCAAAGUCGCAGACAGUAAGCGUCCAGUUGUUGAGAAUCCGGAUGGAGUUGUGCAUUUUCUUCUUUGUGAACUUGUCAACUACAGAGAAGUCGAUGAUAAAGAACCAGCGAACACAUCGAAGGAUACCCAACCGGAGCUUGAUCUUAGCGAUGCUGGCUCGGAACAGAUGGAAAGAGAAGCAAAUGUGGGAGAAGCUGGCGACAAAAAGCAGACCAAGCCACAAUUCAAGUCUGAGGAGCACCCGAUCUACGUGUAUAGGUGUUUUCUGCUCAAUUGCUUGUCCGAGCUGCUCCAAAGUUACACACGAACCAAGGUUGAAUUCAUCAACUUCAAGCGGAGCGCCCCCCCCGUUUCCACUGGAACUCCGAUCAAACCCAGAACCGGCAUUCUAAACUACCUCAUUUAUGAUUUGCUUUGUCAGGGCAACCUCGCGGGCACCGCUGAUAAUAUUGCCGCAAAGAAGAAACUCGCCACCUCCGCACAAACUCAACGGGUGUUGGUUGCUUUGGUCUCCAAAACAAGUGAGAAGCCUGGGAACCAGAGUCUAGAGAAGUUUGCCUAUGAUGAUGAGCCAGAUCUACUUUUUGUGCGCAAAUUCGUGAUUGACACAAUUUUGCGGGCCUACGAAAGAGCUCCGUUAUCCGAUGAGCCGCUGGAAACGAGGUACUCUCGCAUGCAGUCUCUUGCAGAGCUCAUGAUGCACAUGAUUGGCGAUCGGGACAAAGACCAGCCUCGACAGGGUGCUAGAAGUGCGGAAAAGAACCAAUCUAGCUCCCAGGCCCAAAUUCGUCGCCUCAUGUAUGAGAAGGGCUAUCUGGACAAGCUCACCGCAUCCAUCGCUGAACUAAGCUUGAACUACCCAGGCGUAAAGCGGGCUAUUAAAUAUAUCCUGCGAGUACUUCGAAUUUUGACCGACACUGCCAAGGAGCUUAGCCAUUCCAAUCUUGUACCCUCUGACCCGGGGGCCGAGCAAAGCGAAGAAGAAUAUGACGAAUCUUCGUCAUCCUUGUCUGACCUUGAGGAGGAUCGGGAAGAAACACCCGAUCUUUAUCGUAACUCUGCACUUGGCAUGCUUGAGCCCCGAGAUGAAGAUGACGACUCGGAGUCUGAAGACGAAGACGAAGACGCUGACAUGUAUGGGGACGAGUAUGACGAAGAGAUGGACUACGGCGACGAGGAAAUGUCCGAUGGCGAAGAUGACAUUAGCGAUGAUGACGAGGAAUUGGGCGACAUGGGCGACAUCGAAGGCCUGCAUGGAGAGCCUGGUGUCGUAGAAGUCAUUAUGGACGACGAGGACGAUGAUGAGGACGAUGAAGAUGAUGAAGAGAGUGACGGUGACGACGACUCUGCUGGUUCUGCUGAUAUGGAAGACAUGGAGGACCGUGUGGAGAUUGUUGAUGAAGAUGGAAACCCGAUCGAGGACGACUCUGCGUGGGAAAGCGACAGCGACAUGGAUGAAAAUGAAGACCAUGCAGCCGAAGACGUGGACUAUGAAGCAGAGGUCCAAGAUGAAGAGGAAGCCCAUAUCCAUGGCAUGGGUCCCGGUGACCUUCUCGAUAACAUGGCGCGCGCAAUUAUGGGCGACGACGAAGGGUAUGGACGCGAGCUUAUGGACGGGCUCCAUGACCACUAUCUGGAUGAAGAUCAAGUUGAUAUUGAGGAUGGCGAAGAGGACGAAGAGGAGCUUGAAGAUGAAGAGUAUUUCGAUGAGGAUGAGUUCUAUGCUCCUGAAGACCAUCUUCCUCAUCUGCCUUCUGCAGGAUGGGAUGGGAUGGGCUCAGAGAUUGAUGAUAGACACCGGCUGCUGCUUCUCGAAAACAACCGUCGACCUGUCUUCACGAGAGUGGACAACCGAGGCGGCCACCCUGCCCGGUUCGUUGGGACGCACCGUGAUGCUGGCGAUUUUAGAAGUUACUUCUCUCGCAUGCAACGGCCCCCUGGCCAGCAUAGCCAUCCCGACGAUGGAUCGAAUCCCUUGCUUCGGCGUCAUGACACCGAGAUGGAGAAUUCCUCGAGACAGGGCAUUCUCAACUCGUUCGGGCUUCGCCUGCCGGAGACAAUCUUGACCGGCGGCCGCCACCAUAUGAUCGAUGGACCGAUGAAUUUCAUAGGGGAGCUUAUGGAAUUUCUACCGAUGAUGGGCCGCAAUCAUCACGGCCAAGCAAUCCACGUGCAAAUCGCAAGACCUGGUGGUCCUCGUGGAGAGUUUACGCCAAUCCGCACUGGUAGAUACGACAGCCGACGAGAAGUCAGUCAGGAGCCUCAUCAAGUCGUUGCCUUUAAUACGGAACCUACCAUCAGCCGUUAUAGCCAGGAAGCUAGCAUGCUCUUUGGGCCGAACUACCUCCUUGAAUCAGCCAAGCUUAGCAAUGCCAUCAGUGCCGCCCUUACUCCGGCAGCGGUGGAACUCCAAAAGAAGGCUAUGGCUGUUGACGAAGAAAACCGCAAAAGGGCCGAGGAGAUGCGUCAGAAGGUCGAAGCAGAACAGAAAGAAAAGGAGGCAAAGGAAGCGGAGGAACGCGCCGAAAAAGAGCGACAAGAGACUGAGGAGCGCCAACAUCAGGCAACCCUCGAUGCGGCUGCCGCGGCCGAUGCAGGCUCAGCACAAGAGAGUGAGCAAGGCACUGCUAUGGAAGGUGUGGAAAGCGCAAGUAGCGGCCAGCCGGCAAGCCAACCCGAAGCCAGCUCGGCGCCUAGAGUCACGACGACUAUUCGAGGUGAAGAAGUCGACAUCACAGAGCUAGGCAUUGAUGCCGACUACUUGGCUGCCCUCCCGGAGGAAUUCCGCGAAGAAGUGAUCGCCCAAACAGUCAGUGAACGACGGUCCCAGGCCCUCGAAACAGUCCCUGCCGGAGAGUCCACUGAAGUCUUCCAAGAGUUUCUCGAUGCCCUUCCUGAGGACCUCCGCUUGGAGAUUGCACAGCAGGAGCGACAAGAACGGCGGCGACGCGAGGGAAACCGAAGACAAGCCGGAAAUGCUGGCAUCGCGCGCGCAGUCGAUAUGGACGCGGCUAGCAUUUUGCAAACUUUCCCGCCCGAGCUCCGCGAUGAAGUUCUGCUUCAGCAAGGUCAGAGCCUGAUGGACCAGCUGACUCCGGAACUGGCCGCGCAAAGUCGAGCCCUCAACCAGCAUCAACCGCCCGGGCCUCUACCGCGUGCUCUGCACGGUGGUCCCCCCCCUCAUGCUGAGGCCAGCAAGGAGCUGGGGAGCAAGGCACCCCGGAGGGCGGUUGUCCAAAUGCUCGACAAGGCCGGUGUUGCAACUCUGCUCCGAUUGAUGUUUAUUACACACCAAGGCUCUUUCCGAAGCUAUCUUUUCUCAGUUUUCGCUGAUGUGUGUGAGAACCGACAAAGCAGACUGGAAGUCAUCAGCACACUGCUUCAAAUUCUGCAAGAUGGCAGCACGGACAUCAAUGCCGUCGAGCGCAGUUUUGGGCAGCUGUCCAUCAAGGCCAAGCGACUCAAGGACAAGGACAGGGACGUCGAACCUCGUACACCGCUGAACCUCAAGCGAACUUUGACCUCGCUGAGCUCCUCCGACACCGCCCAGCCUAGCUCUGAGACGUCACCUUUGCUGAUUGUUCAACAAUGCCUAGAUUUGCUUGUGGAUCUUUGUGCGAGAAAUCCUCAUAUUUCGUGGCUCUUUCUCACAGAACAUGAGGCGGUUGGUGCUUCGCUUCGUAAAGCACUCGGCCGCAAGGGCAAGGGCAAGGAUUCCAAGGCUAGCAAAUAUGCCAUCAAUGCCUUGUUGGCGCUUCUUGAACGCGAGCUCAUCACGGAGAGCGCUUCAGUCAUGACCUACCUCGCUGAUCUCCUCAACCGAGUAACUCUGCCGCUCCAGAAUCUCGAACGCCGUCGCAGAGAAUCUCUGGACACCGCCACUGCCCCGACAAAGAGCCAAGGCGAUUCGCGGGCACUAGGGAGAAAGCCGGGCACUGCAGGAGCUGCUGACGAGCCUUCGACAAAUGACAUUGCCCCAAAAGCUCAGAAGCAAAGCAGUGCGCCCCAGCGGCGUUCUCGGCUGUUGCAGCCUCCCAUCAUUCCGGAGGAGAAUCUCACACUUGUUGUUAGAAUUUUUGUGGCCAGAGAGUGCAGCUCCAAGACGUUCCAAAACACCAUUGCUACAAUCAAAAACCUCUGCGCUAUUCCCGGAACGAAGGCCAUCUUUGGGCAAGAGCUAAUACGACAAGCUCGUGCUCUAAGCGAGAACAUUGUGACAGACUUGACUGAGCUCCUGCCACACAUUCUCGCAGCUAGCUCUGGAACCGAGAUCCAAGGAGUUGCCCUUGCUAAAUUUUCACCCGGGGCUUCCGACCAAAACAAGUUGUUGAGAGUGCUCACGGCGCUCGAUCACCUCUUCGAGCCAAAGAGGAAGCCGGGCCAGCCCUCGCUGGACAAGCUUGAUGAUGGCCAAUACGACAACUUGCUUACAUCUCUUUAUCACCAUCAAACGUUCUUGAGUAUGUGGGACAAGCUAGGUAGCUGCUUGAGUGCCAUCCGGCAACGUGAGAACAUGUUGAGUGUUGCAACCAUCUUGUUACCACUGAUUGAAUCUCUCAUGGUCGUCUGCAAAAACACUACCACCAAAGACGAUACAGCCCCCAGCCAGCAGCCUAGCGAGGACCGUCUCUCGAACCCCAUGGCCGAAUCGCAAACCGCCAAUUUAUUCUUUUCCUUCACUGAAGAACACCGCCGUGUUCUCAACGAGCUUGUUCGCCACAGCCCCAAGCUCAUGUCCGGUACAUUUGCUCUGCUGGUUAGGAAUCCAAAGGUCCUUGAGUUUGACAACAAGCGCAACUACUUCAAUCGCACUGUCCAUUCUCGCGCUGCACAUGGCCAGAGCCGCCCGACGUACCCGACACUGCAGCUCAAAGUUCGCCGUGAGUCUGUUUACCGCGACUCAUUUGCCAAUCUCUAUUACAAGGACAAAGACGAGAUCAAGUAUGGCAAACUGAAUAUCAGAUUCGAUGGCGAAGAAGGUGUUGAUGCUGGCGGCGUUACAAGAGAAUGGUUCCAGGUGCUCGCACGACAAAUGUUCGACCCGAACAAUGCCUUGUUUAUCCCGGUGUCUUCUGACCGAACCACAUUCCACCCCAAUAAGCUCAGCAAGUGGCACUUGAAUGACGGGACUGACGGGAAUGGCGAGAGCACUGACAGCAUUCAUUUCAAAUUUAUUGGUCGGAUCAUCGGCAAAGCUUUGUAUGAAGGCCGGCUGCUGGAUUGUUUCUUCAGCCGUGCUGUGUACAAACGCAUUCUCGGCAAGUCGGUGUCCGUCAAGGACAUGGAAUCCUUCGAUCCCGACUACUACAAAUCCCUCUGUUGGAUGCUCGAGAACGAUAUCACUGAUAUUAUCACGGAGACCUUCUCAGAAGAAGAGGAUGAAUUUGGCGUCACAAAGAUUGUCGACCUUGUUCCUAACGGUCGCGAAAUUCCAGUCACUGAGGAAAACAAGCAGGAAUAUGUUCGUCUGGUUGUCGAGCAUCGUCUGCUGACGUCAGUUAAGGAUCAGAUGGAGAGCUUCUUGAACGGUUUUCAUGAAAUCAUUCCGGCCGAGUUGAUUUCCAUAUUCAACGAACAGGAGUUGGAACUGUUGAUCUCUGGUCUUCCGGACAUUGACAUUGAUGAUUGGCGCAGUAACACCGAAUACCACAACUACACGCCGUCGUCUCAGCAAGUCCAGUGGUUCUGGAGAGCGGUGCGCUCCUUUGACAAGGAAGAGCUGGCUAAGCUGCUUCAGUUUGUCACUGGAACCAGCAAAGUCCCUCUCAAUGGCUUCAAGGAGCUUGAGGGCAUGAAUGGCAUCAGUCGAUUCAACAUUCACCGCGACUACGGUGACAAAGAUCGCCUGCCCACAUCUCACACUUGCUUUAAUCAGCUCGAUCUUCCGGAGUAUGAUAGCUACGAUACACUCCGCGCUCAACUCUACAAAGCUAUUACGGCUGGAAACGAAUACUUUGGCUUUGCAUAG